AUGGGAUCUAUUGACACGCCUCGGAACUACCACAAGGAGCCACUGAAGCUGUCUGGCGUCCUGUCCCAGUUUGAGCAGUUUGAUCCCACCCCCGUGAUUGGCACGGAGUUUCCCACGGCUAAAUUGGUGGAAUGGAUGCGCGCACCCAAUGCGGACGAAUUAAUCCGGGAUUUGGCCAUUACUGUUUCUCGCCGUGGGGUGGUGUUUUUCCGCGCCCAGGAUGACCUUACUCCGGAGCUGCAGAAGGAGCUGGCCCACAAAAUGGGCGUGCUCUCCGGCAAACCGGCGACUUCCUAUCUCCAUAUUCAUCCCAUUAACAAUAGCCGACGCGGCACGCAGUCUGAUGACUACAUCACAGUGAUUGGAGACAAUCAGACCAAGGCAUAUGGAGGAAAGGGAGGUUUCUUCCUGGAUAACAAUGCAGGGAAGCUACAGUCGGGUCGACUCGAAUGGCACAGUGAUAUUACUUUCGAACAGGUUCCCUGCGAUUAUGCCGUGUUGCGGAUGGAGAAAUUCCCAUCUACGGGUGGUGACACUAUGUGGGCUUCCGGGUACGAGCUCUAUGACCGCAUCUCGGAGCCGUAUCGCCGGUUCUUGGAGAGUUUGACGGCUACCUGCAGUCAAAACCAUUUCCACGAGGUGGCCCGACGCGAGGGACUCGAGUUAUUCGAUGGCCCGCGAGGUGCGCCUGAAAACGUGGGCACGGGACUGACCAGCGUCCACCCAGUGGUGCGGACGAACCCAGUGACGGGGUGGAAGAACAUCUUUCCUGUCGGGGUGCAUGUCGAGCGCAUCAAUGGGCUGUCCGACAUGGAGAGUAGCCACCUGAAGAAUUGGUUCCUGCAGAUGAUUAUGGAGAAUCAUGAUAUGCAGGUGAGGUAUCGAUGGACAAACCCGAACGAUGUUGCGAUCUGGGAUAAUCGUUGUGUCUUCCACGCUGCCACUCGCGACCACGAAGGAGGCCGAUUGGGUUAUCGAGCCACCGGCCUGGGGGAGCGUCCGUACUUUGAUCCUGAGAGUCUGUCUCGUCGGGAGGCAUUUGCUCUAACUGGGGAGAGACGGUAG